AUGUCAGAAUUAAUGGUUAAAAGAAUCAUUUUGCGUUUUUGUUUAUUAUUUUUUCUGGUCAUGGUUGUUAAAACCUCACCAAUUAAAAAAUCUAAAAGAAUUGAUCUUAAAUCAUGUCUCUAUCCUAUCAAAGGUCAAAUGGUAUUCCCUGAUGAUCCACAAUAUAUUCAAGACAUUAAGGAUGAGAAUACUCGUGUAACUUUUCAUCCUAUA